AUGGUAGAGGAGGCGGUGUUGGGGGCCAUGGUGGAGCUGGUGCUGGUGUUGCUGGUGGUGCUCUUGGUGGUGGUGCUGGUGGUGGUGAUUUUGGUGGUGAUGGUGGUGAUGGUGGUGAUGGUGGUGAUGGUGGUGAUGGUGGUGCUGGUGGCGAUGGUGGUGAUGGUGGUGAUGGUGGUGAUGGUGGUGCUGGUGGUGCUGGUGGUGCUGGUGGUGCUGGUGGUGCUGGUGGUGCUGGUGGUGCUGGUGGUGCUGGUGGUGCUGGUGGUGCUGGUGGUGGUGGUGGUGGUGGUGGUGGUGGUGCUGGUGGUGGUGCUGAUGGAUACUAACGAUGGUGACGGCGACCAUGAGCGUGAUUCUAGUGGUGGCGGCAAUGUUGAUGAUACCGCCACUGCUGAUGCGGCCAAUGGCGAUGGCUUACCGACAUUGCUGACCAGGCGGACGGAAGGGUACCGCUUAACUGGUUAUGGUGCAAAUCCAGCGACCUGCGAGUAUGAUGUGUGGGACAGGGGGGUUCAUAUCUUCACCCUGCGGCCGCUACCCGGCAGACCCUGCCUUCCCCGUUGUUUGGGGCACCCGCAUCCAGUCACCCUAGCCAACUUCUCAGUGGAGCGCUCAGGUUCCGCACCCACCACCGGCAUCCAACGGAACCUGAUGAUCUAUGAUCUGAUGAUAUAUGUAUGCGAGUAUGUAUGGUACGAGGUGGCCACACGUAAAAAGUUAUAG